CUCCAUCCCUUGUCUCAGCAGACUUGAAGGCCAGGAGACCCUGGAGGAGCUGGGGGAGAGGACAGCAUUAACAGUGGUCUCAUCAACUCACGGGAAACUCCAAAGGGAACGUAUCCAUUCUUUCCCCAGCCAGGUCCUAUUUCCUUCCCACAGGGUCCAAUGAAGAUGCCUGUGCAACUUUAUAAAUCAAAAACAUGCCUGCAGAAGUUCCUGAAAGGGGAGCCCAAGGUGCUGGGGACUGUUCAGAUCAUGAUUGCCCUGAUGAACUUUGCCUUAGGGAUGGUUCUUAUUUUGGUUCCUAUGAAAUUUUUUUAUAUUCAUGAGUAUUUUCUGCUUAACACCGGCUACAUAUUCUGGGGAACAGCAUUUUUCAUCAUCUCUGGCUCCCUUUCAAUUGUUGCAGAGGAUAGAACCACAAAUACUCUGGUCCGAAGCAGUCUGGCAAUGAAUAUUGUAAGCUCAGUGGUGGCAGGGCUGGGAAUCAUCUUUUUCUCAAUCAACUUGUUGAUGAUGGAUCCAAUGCAUUUUUUUUAUUACUUUGACAGUUCCUGUGAUUCCUGUCUUUUGGUCUUGCAUCUAUUGCUGGGAAUCAAUGUGAUUCUGCUGAUCCUGUCUAUUUUGGAACUUGCCAUCUGCCUUGCAAUAUCAAGCUUUGGCUGUAAAGCCACCUGCUGUAAUCAGGGUUCAGUUGCCCUUGUCAUGUCUCCUCCACCCUAUGUACCAGAGAACCCAGGUGCUGAGGCCUCCCAAGGAGUGACAAUGCUUCAAAGCACAGUUGCUGACACUGCUACAUUGCCUGGAAGGCCUCCUGACAGUUUCAUAUAAAACGCAUGCUUUCCCAUUCCCAAGGAAGGCUCCUUCUGUUACUGUCUGUUUCUCGAUG